UGUAUCGUGUAAGGAAAGCCAGGGGAGACGUUCAUAGCUCCACAUUCAUCCCUACCACUACUUAAAUGUAUUUAUUUGUAUUUGGUGACGACCAUGGCGCACUGGCUUUAUCAAAGGCUUUUGUGCGCUUAAAUCCGCCGUGAAAGUCAUACUCUCGCGUGGUUCCCUGACUUGACAGCCCCUCUCUCUCCUUCUCUCUCUCUGACAGUUGGAGCUGCCCCUCAUCACAACAUCAACCAGGGCGUUACUUGCAGCCAGACGACGCUGGACAAAUACACCCCCUGGGAGGCCACUGUUAUCUCAAAGAGGGCAGCCGUUCCUUCCUACGCGGACAUGAAACGUUGAUGUGAUGAAAAUGAACAAACCUAAAAUGGCCUCAGAGAAGGGUGUUCCCAGUACCUCCAAGGUGCAGAUACUACUGGCCCAACUGGAGAAGAUGACCGGCGACUCCAUGGUGAGAGAUCCCGAAACGAGCCGGCAGAUCACGUCCAAGCUUCUUCAUCUCAUACAGACACAAGAGAAGACUGGAAAGGAGGUGAUGUCCAAAGGCACCAGUGGCAUUGAGGUCAUCCUGUCUUCGCUAGAGGUCAGUCACUCCUCACGUUGCCCCUUUUGAAACAAACAUCUGUCGGGUUUUGAAAACGCAUGGCAUCUUUAGUAAUGAUUUGGAGUGCAUGGGAAAGGGAAAACGCUGUGGCCACGCGGUCAUUUAUCAACAAGUUUGUCGGACAACACGGCAGCAACAGAACCAAUGUUGUCAUCGCGCUGAGGAGCAAAUUGCUCAGACUGCGUGAAGACGGCUGAUGAGUUCAUUGUAAGCAACGGGAACACGCAUGAGACAUUUUAAAGCGGAUGCAGAGCUAGAUAGAGCUGCAGGAGGAUGCUGAUACUUGAAAUGCAGCCACUGCCAUCUUGUGUGAGUUAAUACAAACACUACAUCAGAACGUUGCCUACAGCCAUGGCUAUGAAUGCCAGUGUUUUUCGACACGGCACCAAUUAGGAACCUCUUUCUGACAGACGAUUCGAUUCGUGAUACACAAGUUGCGAGACCAUUCAACAACAAUAUAUUUUAAAAACAGAACAAUUCGAUACCAUUUAGAUUGGAUGUGAUUCUGAUUCAGUACGAUUCUACGGUUACAUUUGUUGAUGUCAACACUAAUCUUACAUUACAAAAUAAAGUCGCCAAUUCUGUAAAAGUAGCAUUCUUACAGAAUUUUCAAAUGUGUAAAAGAGCACACCAACCGCCGGGCAAACUUUCAAGCGCAAUGAUAAAAAAAAAAAAAAAAAAAAAACACUUGUAAGUAACGUGUAAAUAACUACAUUGAAUCUUCUGUGAGUGGAUAGCAAUUUUGGAAAUGUGGGCCUUUAUUUAAUACAAAAAGUAAUAUCGUAAUAUCCCCCAGUUUUGCAUGUUUAUGUUGUUAGUUUGACAGUCCUUGAACGUAGCAUCUAACUUUUGUCCCACGCUGCACAGACCGACUACUACAAUACCGUAAGUUUACCCUUUUUCUUUCACCUCAUAUUUGGUCUCAAACGCUGAUCCUAUGUGGGAAUGCAUGAUGAUUGAGUGAUAAUUUGCAUAUUUGUUCGGUGCACAACCUCAAGGUAAUUCAUGCUAGCGCACAUCAAACAGCGACGCAUAAUCUUCUCUCUGAAAAACCAACUGCAGACGCACUGGAGGAUGGUGGCUCUGUGUUCAUUUAGUGCUUUUAAUUCGAUCUUGUUCCUGUCUUCCAGUCUUUUACACAAUAAAUAAUAUCAAUUGGAUCGCUGUAAAGUAUGCGCUACUACUAUUUACAGUACAUCCAUUCUCGUUUUCAGUCAUGCUGAGCUACGGAGAAUGCGUGACAAUCCUUUCACCGGUAGCCCAGGCUCCCUCGUUGUUUCAGAAACGCACUGUCAACCGGUUGCUAAUCCUGCGCUACCCGGUACAUGUUUUCACUGAUUCUUACCGACCCAGGAGGCUGCUACUGCUUGUCAAACCGCAUAUCCGGCCACCGCGGUUAACCGUUCACAACCCUACUAAUUAGACACCCCAGAAAUUGUUCACUCGUAGACACGCACCAGCGACUACAGGAGACUCGGUGGUAAUGGUAAUGCAUGAUCAUGUGACCCUUGACAGAGCACCCGGGACGCCCAGACCAUCUUGAACAUCCUGUGCAUACUCAGUGAGCUCCUAACCCUGGGCAAAGGGCGCCGGGUGGGAGUGUUUGUAUCCAAAGGUGGAACGGGAGUCUUACUGCGCAUUCUAAUCAGCGCCAGUAAAGAGUUUCACCCCAGCGAGGAGCUCAUGCUGCAGCUUCACUCCCUGCUGGCCAAGGUGGGCCCGAAAGACAGGAAGUUGGGAGUGAAAGCCCGUCUGAGCGGCGCUCUAAACAUCACCAUCAACUUGAUCAAGAAGAACCUCCAAAACGUGAAGCUGCUUCUGCCUUGUUUGCAGGUUCUCAGGGUUUACUCUGCCAACAUGGUUAACGCCAUAUCGCUGGGCAAAAGCGGAGCGAUCGAGAUCAUGUUCAAGAUUUUGGCGCCGUACAGCAAGAAGAACACCAGCCUGCUCAAGGUCGCCGUGGAUGCACUGGCAGCUCUGCUCAAAUCUAAAACCAACGCUCGCCGGGCGGUGGAGGCAGGCUACGUGCCCACCCUGCUGGCACUCUACAUGGACUGGCACCGCAACGACACGUGGCAUCGUCACACGGCCAUCCGCAAAGGCCUGCUGGGCUGCCUGCGCAACAUCACCAACACCAAAGUGGGCAGGAAAGCCUUCACCGAAGCCGACGGCAUGCGUAUCCUCUACAACUCGUCCAGUGAGUGUCUCACAGUGCGCACCCUGGAUCCUCUGGUGAACACUUCAAGUCUCAUCAUGAGGAAGUGCUUCCCCAAGAACCGCCUGCCUCUUCCCACCAUCAAGUCCGCCUUCCAUUACCAGCUGGCCCAUGCGCUGGCUUCAGGGCCUGUGGCGCAGUUAUACAGCCAACCUCCCGGGGAGCAACAGCACACUGUCAAGAGUGUGCCUACAGGAAGAACAAAUGCUCAACUCUGCAUCGAGCCCUUAAAGAAGGUGGACGACGUGGUGGACGACAGCGACGACAACGAGGACACGGAGGCAGACACGGAGAACGACACGGAGAACGAGGAGGACGAGAAGGAUCCUCGCUCUUUGAAUGACGAUAUCGAGAAGGACAUAAACAAGCUGCAUCCCCAAAAGAGCCCAAGCCGACCUUUUGAAGAGUUAAGAGUCUACGAGAGGUUUUUCGUGGAGCUGUCGGAGGACUUCCAGGGGUAUAACUUUGAUCGCUCCACCACAUCUUCAUCAUCCUCAGCCCGAACCCCUCGGACAGUCAUCGUUCCCACAGCUCAGGCGCUCUCCCCGAACCACGUGACCACGCAGAGCUCUCCGGUGCUCUGCGCCCCUCCCAAAGGUCAAGACCCCCAGUCGCUUCUCUCCGCUGCCCCGGCUCUACAGCUGGACACCCUGCGCUUCAGCAAGGAGCGAAACAAAAAAGAGGAGGCGGAGCAGGAACUCUCACACGUGCUGGAAUGCGUCUCCCUGAAAACCGAGGAGUCUUUAAACAUCGACAAGCAGAAAGGAUCUCCCAUCAGCACACAGAGACUCACCCAGUCUCCUCUGCUUUUGGAGGGCAUCGCUAUUCGCUGUUUGGCGGGAGGAGGAGGAGGGUCAGACUGCGGGUCAGAGGCCGCAGAGGAUGAAGGAGCUGUCUUGGAGGUACCCGACACGGCCCAGCUCCUCCCGCUGCACGACCUGGACCUUUACGUGGACAUGGUGAAGGGGACUCAUUCUGUACCUCAGUACACUGAAGUGGCCUACCCAGACUACUUUGGACACGUGGCCCCCACGUUUAGGGAGCCCCUCUUGGAGAGAGUUUAUGGCGUGCAGAGGUCUAAGAUAUUCCAGGAUAUUGAGAGGUUGAUUCACCCAAAUGACAUCUUGGAUAAAAUAGUUUAUGACCUCGACAUUACCAGUUGUCCUGUCAUUGAAAGCGAUGGCGAGUCGUUGAAAUUCAACUCUCAGUUCGAGUCCGGCAACCUCAGGAAGGCCAUUCAAGUCAGGAAGUAUGAGUAUGACCUGGUGCUGAAUUCGGACAUCAACAGCAACCACCACCACCAGUGGUUCUACUUUGAGGUGAGCGGCAUGCGUGUGGGAGCCACGUACCGCUUCAACAUCAUCAACUGUGAGAAGUCCAACAGUCAGUUCAACUACGGCAUGCAGGUGCUGAUGUACUCUGUUCAGGAAGCCAUCAGUGGCAGGCCUCGCUGGGUCAGGACAGGAACAGACAUCUGUUACUACAAGAACCAUUUUGCCAGGAGUUCCAUUGCGACAGGCGGUCAGAAAGGGAAGUCCUACUACACAAUGACCUUCAGCUCCAGCUUCAGCCAUAAGGAUGACGUCUGCUACUUUGCCUACCACUACCCGUACACCUACUCGUCUCUCAAGAUGCACCUGUCUAAGCUGGAGGCGAUGAGGACUCCCGAGAUCUACAUGAGACAGGACGUCCUCUGCGAGACACUGGGGGGAAACAGCUGCGCGCUCCUCACCAUCACCGCCAUGCCGGAGUCCAACUCCGUUGACCACGUUUGCCAGUUUAGGAAUCGUCCGUUGAUCUUCCUGUCGGCCAGAGUGCAUCCCGGCGAAACCAACGCCAGCUGGGUGAUGAAGGGCACGCUGGAGUUCCUGAUGAGCACCAGCCCGCUGGCAGCCAGCCUGAGGGAGGCCUACAUCUUCAAGAUAGUGCCCAUGCUCAACCCUGACGGAGUCGUCAACGGCAACCAUCGCUGUUCUCUGAGCGGAGAAGACUUGAAUCGCCAGUGGCAGAACCCCAAUGCCGAGCUCCACCCGACCAUCUACCACACCAAGAGCCUGCUGCAGUACCUCACACACACGCAAAGAGCACCGCUGGUGUUCUGCGACUACCACGGCCAUUCCAGAAAGAAGAACGUCUUCAUGUACGGUUGCAGUCUGAAAGAAACAGUCUGGCAGUCUAACAUCAGCGCAGCAUCCAGUGACUUACAUGAGGACCUGGGAUACAGGGCCCUUCCAAAGAUCCUCUCCCAGAUCGCGCCGGCCUUCAGCAUGGCCAGCUGCAGCUUUGUGGUGGAACGCUCCAAAGAGUCGACGGCCCGCGUGGUUGUGUGGCGGGAGAUCGGAGUGCAGCGCAGCUACACCAUGGAGAGCACCGUCUGCGGAUGUGACCAGGGGAAAUAUAAGGGCUUUCAGAUUGGCACCAGGGAGCUGGAGGAGAUGGGAGCCCAGUUCUGCGUGGCCCUGCUGAGGCUAAAGAGAAUGACGGGCCUCCACAACCACCAACACCUGCUGGACCUGGAGAGCGACCUCAUCGGCACGCAGCCCAAAGCAGUCAGCAGCUGCCCCACCACCUACGUGAUGGACGAGGACGAGCCCUCCUUCCUGGAAGCCAUCGACUACAGCGCCGAGAGCAACGACGAGGACGGCGAGGCCGACAACGAGGCCGGCGCCGGCGGCAGAGAAAUCCCGGAGACUCCCGACUUGCGCCCGGAGCGGCUGUCGGACUCGGGGAGCGGUCACGACGCCUGGAAAUGUGGGCCUGUCGCCAGCCAAUGACUUCUAUUUUAUUUGACUUUGUUAUUUAUUUGUUUUAAGCUAAAGUUCAAUCCCCGCCCAAAAACCCUCCACAUACACUCACUCAGUGAUGCUUCCUCGGCGUCCCGUCAGGGUGCAGCGUCUAGGAAACACAAAAAGUCACACUUUUUUCCAACCUCAGUACAAAAACAACAGGUUGUAGGACCCCCUCCUGUUGGUGGGAAGUGAAAAGGGAUUACGUUGUGCUGCAACUGUGAGACAAUCCCCCACAAAAUAUGAGCUUUUCCCACCCUCUUGAUGCAUUUCCUUUCUCAUAUUUUUGCAUAGGCAGUCAUGGUGGACAGAAGAAGGGAAACAAGCCAAGGACAAAACAUAAUGACCUGGGGGUGGUAUCGGAGGCUCACACAGACCUUCAUUUUGGAUCCAAAGCUAUCUGAGCUGCCUGAGAUUGACCCCCCCCUCCCCACACCUGCUGAACAUCUUGACAGACCACCAUUAAACUCACCCUUGACCUGCCGUCUCAGUCCCACCCUGCACCUGAACCUUUUUUACUCCUCCAGCAAGGGGUUGGGGGCGCGCGAGGACACUUCCUGUUUUAAUUACCCGGUCGUCUAACCUCACCCACAAGUGUCCCCGUGUGGACGAACGACACUUGACCUCACGUACUCGUUGUCGCUGCAACACCCCCCCUUUCUUGAAGUGCACAUACAGUGGAACCUCUAAAGUCGUGCAAUUCGGAAUUUGACCCAAAAUUGUAUAAUAAAAAUAAUAAUAGACGCAUGACGUCAUGACACGCCUCAGUCCAGAGCAUCCAAAAUGUAAAGUGUAGCUGCUCCAGCCUGUUGCUUUUUAUUUGUCUUUUAUCUGACGUUUAUCCACCAAAAAUAAGACGCAUUUUAAGCCGCGGGACUCCAGUUAAGGUAGACGUUUUUAUGUUUUACACGGGUGCGCUUCUUUUUACGCUUGCGUGACAAGUGAGAAUGUUAAAUAGUGAGACGCAUCGGCGACACGACUUUACAUGUUCUUACGUCUGAACAUCAACAGCCGUGAACUUAUGACGUUUCUUGAACGACUUCCGCGUUGCCCAACAUGCUCAAUCACAACUACAGUGGCACGAAAGCAGAGGUGUCCAAAGUGCGGCCCGGGGGGGCCAUUUGUGGCCCACGACACAUUCAAAAAUGAUCAUUUCACAAGGAAACGCCAUCCACCCAUUUUCUAUGCCGCUUCUCCUCUUUAGGGUCACAGGGGUAUGCUGGAGCCAUAAGCCGCAUGUGCCCACGUCAUAAAGUGACAUAUUGUGGUGCGCACGAGUCCGUGAGGACCACGCAGCCAAUCAUGAGCUUCACGACGAGCUUGUCAGCCCAUUUGAAAUUGCAGGAGGUCUUUACUCCAUACAACAGGUUUCAUCUGACAAACAACAUUAACUCAUCACACAGCAAAUAACACUCAAACGUUAUACCUCUGAAAUAUACAAACAUGUAUCAAUACACGUUUUUUUAUGGAACCCCCCCCCCAACAUUUUAAAGUGUUCCCAAAAUGCAUUUCGUUGAGAAAACCAUUUUAUUGGAGAGGAGCAUACUUGUAGAAAAUGGCUGCAAUGCUGCUUCUGUCCACCAGAGGACCAAAAGACAGGGAAACGGUGACGGAGGGAGGGUGACGUCAUUGCAACGGCCCGAUGAAUGUGUUGCUCAGACGUAAUGCAUUAUGGGAAACCUUUCAAAUGUUGCCUUUUUCUUUAUUUUAAAGUCACAUUUCGAUAUUUGUAUAUACACCUCUUGAGUAUGAAGUUGCCGUGUGCUGAAUUUAGUGCUGUUACUAAAGCGUCUUUAAAAGAUGACACCGUGAGCCAGACUGUUUAUAUACUGACCUCCGUUGACAAGUUUGUUGUGAGUGUGCUGAUAGCUCGUGAUUGGCUCCUGCCAAAGAAAGAGCUACCGCUUUCUCACUGAUUUGCAGAUUCGAAUUUAGCCAUAAAUGAGCCGCACUGCUCUAAAGGCUGCAAGGUUCAAAGUCGAAGAAAAAAGUAGCGGCUUAUACUUUAUGGGUCAUUUCUGGGUAGUGAUCUGGGGGCUGAUUCAAAUGUUUCAUCAUUUGACAGCUUUUACGCUUGUAUGAGCGUUAAGAAUGUUAAAACCUUACUUACUUAAAACAUUGCAUGUGCAGUUAAAGCUUUGAGGAUGGUCACAGUUUGACCCUUUGACAGGUGAUUUGGAUUAUUUCCUUUGGAGGUGAAUUGUCUCCAAAUUGCCGCGGACCUCAGAGGUUCAACUGUACUUCGUUUACCUGGCUGGAUCCAAAAGGUGUUUAUGAAACAACACAAAUGUUGAAUGUUGAGACAAGCAAAGCGUGUACAGGUGGUCGAUGACGAGCAGCAACACACACAACUAGCACAGGUCACGCCAUAGCGCACUCAUAGCAGCACCUGUCAACUUUAUAGUUCAUUUUUUGCACUUUGAAAUGUCACUUUUCACCUGUAGCGCCACCUAGAGCUCGUGUUGCUGAUGUAUUAGUCUGCUGGAAUCAAGUUUGUACCUUUAUACUCCACUGUGUACAGUAUAUAUACUUACUGUAUGUGUGUGUGUGUGUGUGUUAGCUAUAUACGGUAUCAACACAACCCCCAUGGUGCUUUUGUCCAUUGCUAUCGUAACUUUAUUUCAUUGUUUCUCUUUGCUUCAUGUAUUUCUAUUUUGCAUUUGCCCUUCCUCAUUGCUCUUAAUUUAUUGAAUGUUAUGUUUCUGGGAUGCAACCUGUGUGUGUGUGUGUGUGUGUGUGUGUGUGUAUAUUGUAUGAGGCAUUGCAGCUCGUGAGUGCCUGUGUGUGUGUGUGUGUGUGUGUGUGUGUGUGUGUGUGUGUGUGCGUUGUGUACAACUUUUAAGUUAUUCCAUUAUUCAAGCUGUGCUAAUGCGCGUUCCCUCUCUUCUAUUUGAUUACACCCCCCUCCAUCUAAAGCUUCUCCAUCUUUUUUUUAUCUUCUGCUUACUUUUUAUUUCACUUAAGUGAUCGUGUGUGUGUGCGUGCGUGCGUGUGUGUGUGUGUGUGUGUGAAAUGGGAAAAAACAAGUGGAGAUUUAUUUUAAGUGUUCAGGCAAAAGUGACAAAUAAAAUGUGAAAGUGA